GUCUGCUAUAGCAUGUUUUUCCAGUUGUCACUCCUCCCUCCCUCACUGUAUUUUACUCCUUUUUUCUUGUAAAAUAGAAAGAAAUAAGGGGUAGCAGUUAUUUGUUUUGUUUUGUUUUUCCCUCUAGGGGAAGGAAACAGAGAAAGAAAAGUUUAAAGAUACCGACUUUUAACUGAAACAGAAUGUGUGGGUGUUUGCUAGAUAGGCUUUAUAAUUCUCAGUAAAAAGCCACUUUCUUCGUUCCAUGAAAAAUAGCUUGGUCCCAUGCUACCACGCCAGCUGCAUCUGCUUUUUUUUGUUAUUCCCUUUGGUUCUGGGGUGGAAUCUACGUAUAAAAGUUGAAAUCUUGGUUUCGUUUCUUGGUUGAGGAGAAUUGUUUGGGGCUGACUUGGUGUUGGGUUGGUCCUGAAUUUUUUUAAUGCCUUUUUGUUUGUUUUCUAGUUUUUUUUUUUUUUAAAUUGCGUACUAGUAACUCUCUCUCUCUCUCUGGGAAUUGGGUGCUUCUAUUUGUUUAAUGGAAGAUUAUUUAUGGGUUUAGAUUAUUGGGUUUAACAGUUCAUGCCUAGUCACCAAUACGCGUUUGGUAUACGUAUUGAAAUCUUUCUUUCUUCUUUUGUGCAAAUUUGCUUGGUCUAGCAGCCAUAUCUGCAUCUGGUUUUGCGCGUGGUGUACACCCAGACAUUCUCGCUGAUCUAGUUGGGAUAAAGUGUCUCUUUAUAUUGCCAAGAAGAGUUUACUGUGUGGGAGGAGUGUUUUAUGUUUGAGGUCUUAUAUACUUGUGAGAAAAGAACUUUUUGGAUUUGAGUAGUAGGGUGAGAGAGUAAGGUGAAGGUUCUUUGGUGGGGCUAGAUAUGGCCUCUGGUGAAGGGAGGCGGCGUCAUCAUGAUCUUGUGCCUCUUGCUGCAUUGCUCAAGAGAGAGAUGAAGAGUGAGAAGAUGGAGAAGCCUACUGUGAGGGUUGGACAUGCAGCUCAGUCCAAGAAAGGGGAGGAUUACUUUCUAAUUAAGACUGAUUGUCAACGAGUGCCUGGGAACUCUUCAUCUUCCUUUUCUGUAUAUGCGGUUUUUGAUGGGCAUAAUGGAAAUGCUGCUGCCAUUUUUACUAGGGAGCAUUUGUUAAAUCAUGUGUUGGGUGCUCUUCCUCGAGGGCUUGGACGAGAUGAGUGGUUACAAGCUUUACCAAGGGCACUGGUUGCUGGCUUUGUUAAGACUGACAAGGAAUUUCAGAGCAGAGGAGAAACUUCUGGAACCACAGCCACAUUCGUAAUAGUGGAUAGGUGGACUGUGACUGUUGCAUCAGUUGGAGAUUCCCGUUGUAUACUAGAUACCCAGGGUGGUGCUGUUACCUCCUUAACUGUUGAUCACAGACUUGAAGAGAAUAUUGAAGAGAGGGAACGUGUAACUGCUAGUGGAGGUGAAGUUGGGAGACUUAGCAUUGUUGGUGGGGCUGAGAUUGGUCCCCUUCGUUGCUGGCCAGGAGGUCUAUGCCUUUCUAGGUCAAUAGGUGACAUGGAUGUUGGGGAGUUCAUAGUUCCAAUACCAUAUGUCAAACAAGUAAAGCUGUCAAAAGCUGGUGGGAGGCUUGUAAUUGCCUCUGAUGGCAUAUGGGAUGCUCUAUCAUCAGAAAUGGCUGCAAAAUCUUGCCGUGGUUUGCCUGCUGAACUUGCUGCUAUGCAGGUUGUCAAGGAAGCACUAAGAACGAGAGGGUUAAAGGAUGAUACAACUUGCAUAGUAGUUGACAUUAUCCCACCUGAUAAUGAAUUGCCACCAACACCUCCCCCCCCAAAACGGAACAAGCUGAGAGAUCUUCUUUCCUUCAGGAAGAGGUCCCGUGAUUCUGCCAGUAAGCUGUCAAAAAAGCUUUCAGCUAUAAAUAUAGUGGAGGAACUGUUUGAAGAAGGAUCCGCAAUGCUUGCUGAAAGAUUAGGAAAUGAUGACAACUUGAACUCAGGGCAAUCAACAUCUGGCAUUUUUGUCUGUGCUGUAUGUCAAGUUGAUCUUGCUCCAAGUGAGGGCAUCUCUGUCCACGCAGGUUCCAUUUUCUCCACCAGCUCCAAACCCUGGGAAGGUCCUUUUCUAUGUUUUGAUUGCCGUGAUAAGAAGGAUGCUAUGGAAGGAAAACGUCCAAGUGGAGUUAAGGUGUCAUAGGCUCAAAAUUGAUUUCCUGUUAUAGUAUUCUUUAUGCUAUCUUUGGCCAUUUUUGUAUUCACAAUUUUUAUAGGCAAAAAUUAAUUGAUUGAAUCUCACUAUCAAGCAGCAACAGCUGUAUAUGUGAAUUGUGAUAUCCACGAAUUCAUCUAAAAUGGGGCCAUUGAAUUUGAGUAGCAAAUUAAAACUGGGAGAGAGUGCCUGAAAUGGGUUUUUGGGCGGCUGAAGAUUCUUCAUCUCUGAUUUGGAUGGUUAAGAUUGUUGCCGGGUAGAUUCUUUUGUAUAGUAGUUUAUGUUGCUUAACUUACCACAAAAGUGGGUAUUCUCUUGAUUAAGUAUGCCUCCCCAAAUUCUGUAUAUAAAUUUCCAUGGACCUUUUCUACCCCUGGGGAUUGGAAGCUUCAAAUCUCUACUAUGGAUUGAGAAAUCAAUUCAUCUAAAUUUAGAAAUUGCUUGUUAAAUACUGUAUGUUUCC